GGUGGGGGCGGGAGAGGGCGGGAGGCCGGGGUGUGGAAAGUGUGGCGGCCCCGCCCCGUGUCUUGGAAUUNCCGCCGCCGCCACCGCUGCCUCCGCUGCAGCCGGAGGGGACCCGCGCCGGUGCGCAGAGGGAAGGCGCUCUUUCUUCGCUGAAAGCUCCUUGGAGAAGCCGCCGCCUCCCAGCCCACCCAUGGCGGAUGAGAUCGAUUUCACUACCGGCGAUGCCGGGGCUUCCAGCACGUACCCUAUGCAGUGCUCGGCCCUGCGCAAGAACGGCUUCGUGGUGCUCAAGGGACGACCAUGCAAAAUAGUCGAGAUGUCGACUUCCAAAACGGGGAAGCACGGCCAUGCCAAGGUUCACCUUGUUGGAAUUGAUAUUUUCACGGGCAAAAAAUAUGAAGAUAUUUGCCCUUCUACUCACAAUAUGGAUGUUCCAAAUAUUAAGAGAAAUGACUAUCAACUGAUAUGCAUUCAGGAUGGUUACCUUUCCUUGCUGACAGAAACUGGUGAAGUUCGUGAGGAUCUAAAGCUGCCAGAAGGUGAACUAGGCAAAGAAAUAGAAGGAAAAUACAAUGCAGGUGAAGAUGUACAGGUGUCUGUCAUGUGUGCAAUGAGUGAAGAAUAUGCUGUAGCCAUAAAGCCCUGCAAAUAAAUGGGAGCAUCAGGCAUGACAAACUGUUUAGGUCUGGAUCAGCUACAGAUCUCAAGUUUGGUUCUAAGUUGUCACCAAAGCUAUGGCCUUCAGAAGCAACCUCAUUUAUCUUUUAAUUGUCUUGAAAUUGUGCUGAGUUAGUUUUGCACGCAAUUAGUAAUUUAAAAAAAUAAUCACGAUGUAUAAUUCUUUUUUUUUUUGUAGGUAUUUUUUAUAACAUUCCUGUGGUUGUCAGUAUGUGAGUCCAAGAAACAGACAAGGUAGCUUCCACAGAUGUGAUUUGAGUAUAUCAUUCGUGAAUUUUAGUUAAGUGAUAAAUAAACCAGGGUUUUAAAUCAAACAAUGUAGCAUCCAGUGCUAUCGAAGUACCACAUUUAAGUUGAAUUGUUCUGUAUUAAUGUCACACCUAACAUAUAGAGUAAGUAGAUAAUGGAUUGGAAUUGUCACAGUUUCAGCCGAUGUGUGGCAAGCACAAUUCUUAAACAAAAAUCAUGUUAUCAGAAAGUGUCAGUGCAGUACCCUGUAUUACCUUGGUUUUACUGUUCUCUGCCAAAUUGUUGGCCGACUUAAUAUAACCUUAUAUAUGGUGAUUUUUAUACCUGCUGUGGUUGACAGAGAGGCAGUAAACUGUUGGGUAACUAUUAAAAAAUCAUAUUGUAAAGAAGACACAGGGACAGUGGCAAAAUGAGUUCGUUAAAGCUAUAGUUUUUUAUUUGAGGCCUUUGUAAUCAGAAAGUUUCUAGUUGUACGUUUGCUUUCAGCUUUUGGUCUCUCUCUCUCUCUCUCUCUCUCUCUCUCUCUCUCUCUCUCUCUUUCUCUUUCUCUAUUUAAAGCAGUGACUUGCUUUGCAAGGUACUAUGCAGUGCUUUUAAUUAUGUUGAUAAAUAUUAUUUUAGUAGUCAUUCCUUUCCAAGCAUUUGUAAGUAGACUUUUUUAACAUCAAAAUAUUUAUGUCAUCUAAAAAAUAUGUAUGUAUUUAUGUCAGACAAAGACUGGAAAUUCUAACUUCAAAUUGAAACAGUUGUUAAAUUUAUGUACACUUUUUUCUAGAAUGAAAUGAAUUAUGGAAGAAAAGUUACUUUAUGUGAUAAUCAUUAAGAAGUACUUAUAUGUAUUUUUUCUGAUUGUCACGUGACUUAAUUCAGUUACUCAUGUAGCUAGGAAGAAAUUCUUUAAAACUGAAUUAUUUUAAAAAGUGUUUUAGGUGACUGCUACAUUUCUGUACACACACACCUUAUUUCCAGAAUUCUAAACAUUGUCAUAGGGUUUGUGAGGACCUUUGACUCAGUAACAACGAUGAUAUUGGAGUGAAACUCAGAACAAAAUUACUGUUUCAGAAUACCUCCAUUCUCUAUGACUGAUUAUGAGACCUCUCCCAUCAUGCCUCGACUUACACAAGGCCUUUAUUCCUAUCCCUAUCAUCUAGAAGAAAAUAUGUGAUACUGCAACUAAUCUAAUCAGUGGCUGGAAAUAGCAUUAAAAACAGAAGAUCCCAAAGUUUUGUUGCUUAAUUUGCUCAUACUUUUAAAUCUUGUUAGCCUCAGCAAACCCAUUUGGAGAAGAAGCAAGAUACUUUAAAGAAAUGCAAAGAGAAUUCUAAAGCACAAGAAAUAUUGAGGUUGCAAUUAAUCAUUUUUAGUGCAGCAUUUUAACUUUUGCCCAUCUCAAGCACAAUUAGGAAUUAGACUAAAUUCUUUCCAAUAUUCCAUUUUAGUAUCUACUACAUACUACUCUUGUUUUUUAGUAUUUUAUAAUGUGUAUCUUAUUUGCUACUGGUUGACAUUAUUACCCACAGGAAUUCUAGAAAGUUAUCCAGCUGUGCUGCUUGCUGGUCAUGCAUAUGACCCCAGUUAACCAUACUAGUGUUCUGGUUUGUAUUAAUUCUGGGUCAGCAUGCCUUUGUUCUUCCUAACUUGUCAAACUUCACAUAAAUAUAUUUUCAAUUGCAAGGUAAGUGUAUGUAAAUUAUAAUAAUGCAUCUCUAUCUUCAGACUUUGAAUGGCAAAAGCUAUUUAUGCACAAAUAAUUCAUUUUAAGUACUAUAAAGAAGUAUAAAUACUUUUCUGACAUGUAAGUAUAGAUUUUAAAGAUAUGGGACUAUUUAUUUUCACAUAAGUCAAUAUGUUUCUCUAGAACAAAAUAUUUCAUUUAGUAAAGCUUUGUAAAUUGUAUUAAAAAGAAGCAAGGAAACAUUUUUUAACAUAAAACAGAAGUGACUUCAUUCUUUUUUGACAUCAGAGAUGUUCAAAGUUGAUUCCUAGUAUUUGUACUUUUUUGCAACAAAUGGUAAAUAUCACAAGUUACCAUGUGUGAAAUGUAGACUGUCAUGUUGAUAAGGUUCUACAGUGAUACACCAUGUUUGUCUUCAGGCAUUUCACCAGUAUAUACACAACAGCAAUUUUCGACCUUGUAUCAUCUCAUGGCACACAUAAACUAAUUGCUAAAAUUCUGCGGCACACCAAAAAAUAUAUUUUUUGCUGACCU